AUGCUCGACUCGGAGCUAUACCCACGCGGCGGGGACACUCAUCACGGGCAGCACGGACAUCAUCAUCACCACCACCAUCAUCACCAUCAUUACAAGUCACCGCAUCACCGACACUACCACUCGCCCUCACCCCACCACCACCAUCAAGGGGUGGAGCGGGAACGGAAGUCAAGAUCGUCACCCCGGCAUCACCAUCUUCAGCACAGUGAUGGCGAGAAGCUGAAGUACCAGAACGCGUUCGGUGGUUCGGUGGGCAAUAUCGGUGGCUCGUCUUCGUCGGAGAAAUAUCACAAGUACUUCCCGCACCAUCUGCUGUCGGGUGGUAGUGGUACCGGUGGCAGUGGUGGCUACUUCGAUCUGAGUGACAAACUGGAUAGCCUGAAUUUGGGUGGAAGUCGAGGUUCGGAAAAGAGCAGUCUGAUUAGUGGGAGUGGAAGCAGUGCGCUUAGCGGUGGAGGUGAUAGUAACAACAACCAUCAACAUCAUACAUCCGGUUCGGCUAGUAUCCUUAGCGAUACAACAGCGGCUGGCAGUGGUAGCAAUGCGAGUGGAGGAAGCAGUAAGAAGCGCACGAUAGUGCUUGUGGGCGACGGCAGGAGCCGAGUGAGACGAGUCGUGAGGACACAGACGAGACAGAUCACUGUGGUGAGCUACUCCGGGCGGAAAAAGGAAACGGAAACGCACACCAGCCACCACGCGACUAUUGUCAGUUUCCCACAAAAAAUCGAUCGCCCAGCGCAGAUCUACUCCACACAUCACCAUCAUCCGAGCAGCGGUGGCAGUGUUGCCAGCAACAAUGGGUUGCUCGCGAGCGGAGGCAGCAGUAGCCUCGGCAGCACCAGCCUGUGCGGAGUCGGACCCGGUGGUGGAUCGUACGUAUACGUGCAGCAGCAGCCCCAGCAGAACCACCAACAAUCAACGCAGCACUAUGUGUCACCGCAGCAGCUUACGUACCAUCUGCAUUCGGCGACCGGUGGCAACAGCACCGGCAACGGAUACCAUCAUCACGGAUCGCACCAGAACAUCUCUACGCCCACUCUGCACAAGAAGGGCUCCAUCCGCAGCAAUGGCGAUGUGCUCAAGCGAACACGUGUGCAAAAUGCGUAUGAACUGUCGCAGGAUCUGCUGGACAAGCAGAUCGAACUGUUGGAGCGCAAAUACGGUGGAGUGAAGGCACGAAACGCAGCCCUGACGAUUCAGCGCGCCUUCCGCCACUACACGAUGGUGAAGAAGUUCGCCUCGAUCACGGCUAUGGCCAAGGCGGAGAAACGCAUGAGCCGUAGGGUUCAGCAACAGCAGCAACAGCAGCAAAGCGAGCUGGACAUGAUGCAUCACCAUCCACAUCACCUUCAGCCGGCCCUGGAGGAUGGUCAAAUUUACGCCACCGAGGAUGGCACCAUGGUCGGUCAGCAGCGUGUCUGCGCAACUAUCUCCGCAACGCCACCAGGAACGCUACACCAUCGUGUAACACCGGUCCGCUCGAUGUCGCUGCGGGAACGUCGACUUGAUUCGAGCCCUAUCCCACGCAGUCAGUCCGGUACCGCAUCACCCGCUCCCGUCCCGAUCACCUCUUGGAGCCAAAGCCCAACCCAACUCGUAACGGGUGCCUCUACCCAGCAGCAGCAACAGCAACAACAGCAGCAGCAGUACUCCCAUCCACAUGUAAAUAUUCUGCACCAGCAACAAGCGCAGCUCGCUGGGUACGGUUACACGCCCGCCGUGUCUGCCCCAUCGCAUGCGGUGAUGCACCAUCACCAGCACCAACAGCAGCAGCAGCAACAGUACCAAAGCCAGUAUGGAUCACAGGAUUUGAAUGUGAGUGGUGCUAGCAGUAGCUCCCAGCUCGAUUCAACCAUAUCGUCGAUGAAUCUGUCCUGGAACUCACAGACAGCCAGCACACACCAAAGCCCUUACACACCACACUACACGGCAGCACAGAUCUAUAUGCGCCCGCGCGGUAUCGGCAUCGGUAGCUCGGGUGGUAGCAGUGGAAGUACGUCGAGUGCCAGUGGACGUAAGGUACCGCCGGAAGUGCCCAAGCGUACCAGCAGUAUCACGGGCCCGGGAGGUCAACACACACCGAGCCGUUCGCUGCGUCCGAAUGGUCUGUGCAAGACGGCCGAGAACGGAAGUCUCAGCUCCGUGCAGUCAUCCGGUAGUGAUUCCUCUGCCUCAGCUGAGCGAGGCCUUGGAGGGGUCGGUAUUGAGCUGAUGGGAUCAUCCGACCGAUCCAGCUCACCGCAGUGGAAACGAAAGGGCCCAGGAAGCAGCCAGAGCGGUAGCAUUACCCUUCUUCCCGCACAAUCGCCCGACCAUAUGCUAAUGAGUGUGAGUGCUGGUGAUACCGGUGGAGCUGCUGUACGUUCGAUUCACUCCACGGUGGCGACCGCUACUGCAGCAACAGCAACGGCUGUUAGUGGUGCUGGAAGCGCCAACGUAACGAUUGCCAGCAUCGAAAGUGAGUGCUUGAGCUCGCACACGAGUGCCGCUCAGUACUCGAUGGAGCAGCACGAUCAGAUCGUACACACGCCGACAUCGUACAAGGUGUCGGAAACGAUUCGCAAGCGCCAGUACCGCGUUGGGUUGAAUCUAUUCAACAAGAAACCCGAGCGAGGCAUCACGUACCUCAUCCGCAAGGGAUUCCUCGAGAAUACGCCCCAAGGUGUGGCACGGUUCUUGAUCUCUCGCAAGGGCCUAUCUCGACAGAUGAUCGGAGAAUACCUGGGCAAUCUGCAGAACCCGUUCAACAUGGCCGUGCUGGACUGCUUUGCCGGUGAGCUGGAUCUGUCCGGCAUGCAGGUGGAUGUGGCGCUGCGCAAGUUCCAGGGAUACUUCCGUAUGCCGGGCGAGGCGCAGAAGAUCGAACGGUUGAUGGAGGUGUUCUCGGCGCGGUACUGUCAGUGCAACAGUGACAUAGUCGCGCGGCUCCGUUCGCACGAUACCGUGUUUGUGCUCGCGUUCGCUAUCAUCAUGCUCAAUACGGAUCUGCACACGCCGAACCUGAAACCGGAUCGUCGCAUGCGGUGUGACGAUUUCGUAAAGAACCUACGCGGCAUUGACGAUUGUCACGAUAUCGAUCGGGAUAUGCUGAACGGUAUCUAUGAGCGGGUGAAGGCGAACGAGUUCAAACCUGGUUCGGAUCAUGUUACGCAGGUGAUGAAGGUGCAGGCGACGAUCGUGGGCAAGAAGCCGAAUCUGGCGUUACCGCACCGUCGGCUGGUUUGCUAUUGCCGGCUGUACGAGAUCCCGGACAUCAAUAAGAAGGAGCGGCCGGGUGUGCACCAGCGCGAGGUGUUUCUGUUUAACGAUCUGCUCGUCAUUACGAAGAUAUUCAGCAAGAAGAAAUCUUCCGUCACGUACACGUUCCGGAACAGUUACACACUGAGCGGAAUGGUCGUAACGCUGCUGGAUGUUCCAAACUAUCAAUUCUGCAUUCGGCUCUCGCAGAAGGUGGACGGUAAGGUGCUGGUAACGUUCAACGCACGCAACGAGCACGAUCGUUGCAAGUUUGCCGAGGAUCUGCGGGAAUCGAUUAGCGAGAUGGACGAGAUGGAAACGCUUCGUAUCGAGGCGGAACUGGAGCGCCAGAAGUCGGCUCGCGGUACCCGCACGACCAACAGCGAGAAUCGCGACAGUGGCGUCGCGGAUGUGGAGGUGUGCGCCGGCCCCUAUCCUGCCGGUGUCGGUAGUCUAGUGCCGGGCGGUGUCGGUGGAGUGUCACCGAACGAGUGUGGACUCGCGCACAGCGAUGCCCAACUGAAACGUAGCGCCCUCAGCAACUCGUUACUCGAUAUGCACGAACAAUUUGGCAAUGAAAAGCCGCAACGGCGCGGCAGCGUCGGCUCAUUAGAUAGUGGUAUGUCGAUAUCAUUUCAAUCCACCUCUGCAAGCACUGGCUCACGUAGCGAUAUCAAAGUACGAAUGCUGCCUCACAGCAACACCUCCGGUCAGAUAAUCAUGCAUGCCGGACAGCAUCCCGCUGCCCUUAUGGGUGCCAUCUAUCAUCAGCAAAUCCAUCACCAUCAACAGCACCAGCAGCAGCAGCAGCAGGCUAUGGGUACGGCACAUCAUCAUCCACAUGCGGUCGGCAGCAACAGCACCACUGGAGGAGGAGUGAUCGUUUCGGUGGGUCCACCGGGAUCCUCCCAACAGCAGCAUCAUCACCACCAUCCCCCUGGUGGGCCACCUAUGACGGCAGCAGCAUCGGCAGCAACACUGCAACCAGUGCAGGCGAUGAACAACGGUAUGGUGAUGGCCGGUACGAGCACUACCACUAUCAACCCGAACAGCACCGGCAGCCACAACAGCAGUGGAGCUAUCCACCGACGCGAGCGGAAACCCUCCCGUACCGAAGAUGCCGCUACGGUAGCAGCACUGGCCCUGGCAGCCAGUGCGGGAGCCUCUAGCGCCAUGAACGCCUCCAGCAGCAGCAGCAACGCCGGAGGACCACCCAACAACACUGCAUCGGGAGGGAACUACGGUCGCUCAACGGAGGUGUAA